GGUUCCAACGGACGUUGGUCAGAUCCGUUGAGGACCGAGAAGCAGUCAGACGGCACUUAAGUGGGCUGAAGCGCCGUGUGCGAAGACUACUUGUGAGCCUGCUACUCACCCAGGCUCACCGAGGGUGGAUCAGGCGAGUAAGUAUUAUAGUCGUUGGACUAUACCUGUCAAAAGAACAUGGAACCUGAAAAUAUGGAAUCGGAAAAUGCAGAAACCGAAAAUAUGGAAACCGAAAAUCCAGGGUCUGAAAAUAUGGAGAUCGAAACCAUUUCUUCGGUUUCAGCUCUGCAAGCUCUCUCGAAGCUACUUUAUCCUGAAGAAGAGGAUGAUUUUGAGCCUGGACAGCCAAAUUGUUCAUCUGCUUUUGGAGCCAUGGGGCCUGGGAAUAUUGGACCUCCAAACACUGAAGAGCUCAGAGUCAUCCCUCAGAGCAGUGAUGAAAAUGCCGAGGAGAUCUGGAAUCCAGAAGAGGUUCCAGAGGGAGCAGAGCACGAUGACAUGUGGGAUGUUAGAGAAAUGCCUGAAUAUGAGGUUAUAUUCAAACAGCAGGUGGGAACUGAGGAUAUAUUCCUAGGAUUUUCGAGAAAGGAUUCUUCAUCCGCAUGUUGUGAAGAUCUAGUGGUUAAAAUUAAACUGCCAAAUACGAACCCUUCUGAAAUUAAAAUUGAUAUCCAGGAAUUGAUCAUUGACCUCCGUACUCCUAAUAAGAAGUUGUUGAUAACUCUUCCUCAACCUGUGGAAUGCAGCAGUGCCAAAGCUUUCUAUAUCCUGGAGACUGAGACUCUUGAAGUCACCAUGACUAUGAAAAGAGAACUGGAUCUCAUUAAUUUCUUCUAAAACUUCAUGAAUAAGGAGGAAAAAUGGCACAAUAGCACUGAUAAAAAAUAAAACUUUGAAAAAA